AAAGGAUGUAAACAUCUAUAGAUUGAUCCAGUGUGUAUUUAUAACAUUAAUUAAAAUGAGCUAUGUUGAUAGUAUCUGCAUAAAAUUCCUCAGUCCAUCGGUAAUCAUCUAUGGUCGAGGCAACAGUCUUUUUAUUCAGCGUGAAAAGUUGAAGGAAAGUCUUCAAUUAAAAACGUAUGAUAAGAUUCAUAAAAUAUCAUUUAUCGACUGUGGUAAUAAUGCUCAUGAAAUAGUAUGCUCUGCAGGACGAGAUAUAUUGCUGACCAAAGUUGUUGAUAACAAAUUUCAAGGAACCGGUUCAAUUACAAGAUUUAAUGACUGGAUCUCAUCAAUUAAAUAUUUAAAGGAUGGCAUUGCAAUCAUCACACGACACAAUAUUGCUGCAUUGUUGGAACUUGAAGAUAAUAAGCUGAUUAUUAAGAAGAAAUUUAAAUGUGAUGAUAAUUCUACACUUUAUUGCUCAUUCAUUCAUGGAAAUGCAUGGAAGGACUUAAUAUUUUUCUCGGGGACGGCUCUUGGUGAGCUAAUAAUAUGGAAAAAGGAUGAACUGAGUAAAGAAUCUACGACGCUUUAUCAAAAAUCAACGCAUAAUGGUGUGAUAUUUUCAGUAAGUUACGAUGAAGAUUAUCAUGGUAUUGUAACUGCAUCAGACGAUAGAUCGAUUAAAGUAUAUCGUCCAAAUGAAAGCUUUAGUGAAUUAAAAGAAUUAAGUCAAUUGUUUGGACACACGUCAAGAGUUUUUGUUUGUAAAAUUAUCAAGUAUAACGAAGAAGUAAAGUUUAUAUCGGCAGGAGAAGACUCAAAUAUAUGUUUUUGGACAGAGAAUGGAACAUUACAAUCGAAGAAAAAUAUCAGUGCUUCAGGCGGUAUAUGGGAUUUAGAUUAUGACUUAAAAAAUAAUCGAAUUGUAACAAGUAGCAGCACAGGUAAACUGAAUCAAUUCUUAUUAGAUAAAAUUUUCCAUGAAGUUUAUAGUCAGGAAGUAAUAUCAACACGUGAGCAUGUUGAGCCAUCAAAAUUAAUAUACUUAGAAAAUGGGACAUUGUGUGCAAUAGACAGCAGAACACAAAUUUAUACGAAAAUGUCCACAAAUAAUCAGUGGAUAAAGGUUGAACAUCCUUACAUUUCUCAGAAGAUUGUUGCAAUGGAUGUUUUUAAGAAUCGCUUAUUCCUUGCAGUCAAAAGUUCAAUCUUGAUUUUCGAUUAUUCUCAGAUUUAUGAAAAAUUGAAUUUUACGUUUGAAUUGAAUGUGGACGAAAAGUUUCCACUUCCACAAGAAUCAAAUUACAUUCGUGCCAUACACGUCCUAAAUCGUAAUGAAAUUUUUCUCUCAGAUGUUUAUGGCUCAUGUAUGGUUGUAAAUGUUGAGAGUAAAGUCGUAAAAAAUUUAUUUAAAAUUCCAAAAAGCAUUGAACCGUGGACAACAUCAGUAGAAAAAAUAGAUGAUUAUUGGAUUAUUGCUGAUCGAGUUGGUUCACUCUAUCUCUACCGUAAUGAUGAAAAUGAUUUGAGUACAUUUCAAAUGCCUAUACAAAAGUUAUCAAAAUUACAUGGUCUAACUGGCGUGACUACGAUUCGUUCGAUGGAUAAUGAUUUUAUUAAAACAACGGGAAAUGAUGGGACUAUUAAAACAUUGCAUCUAAACCGAAAGACAUCUCAAUUGGAAUUUUGUCAAUUAGAACGUACUCAUGUACAUUUCAUCGAGAAAAUUCGAGAGUAUAAUGAUGAGUCGUACAUCCACGGAUUCAACGAUAAUUUUUUUGUUAUGUACAAAGAUCGUGAGAUAAUUUACGAGCAUAAAUGCGGUGGAAGACAUAGACAUUGGGAUGUGACAUUAAUCAAUAAAGAUGACUGUAAAGUGCAGUUUGCCUACAUCUACAAAAAACAAGUUCAUUGCGUAGAGUUCUAUUUAAAUAAUUUCAAAAUUGACACACCUAUCAAUGACAAAAGCAAUAUAAUCUGGCACACCAAACCUUGUAAUGUUCUUAAAGUGAUUGAUGAUUCUGGGAUUUUGAUUUCUGGUGGAGAAGAUACGAUCUUAAAAUUCACAAAAAUAGAGAUGAUGGAAGAUGGCAAUGUAUUAUACACGAAGAUUGCAGACAUAAAUUCACACAUUUCAAGCAUCAAAGCUAUUGUAACAUGGAGAGAGAAUGAUGAGGAGAAAGGUGAUGACCUAAACAUAAUUUCUUUAGGUUCCAGAGCUCAAAUUGUUAUGACGAAGGUUAUUAAAAUGAAAUAUGUUAAAGAGGAAAUUAAUUUUAUGCUUACAAAUUCAUUGCUUUGUGGUAAUUCAAAGGAAACGACCUUUGAUACUGAGACCCGAUUUACGUGCGCAUUUUUUGAUGUCAAAAGAAGACAUCUCUUUGUUGGAUGUUCAGAUGGAUAUCUUAGGGUAUUUAAACUUCAACAUAAUGAGUUUUCCAGUUCAUUGAAACCCUUCAUUGAAAGCUUCUAUGGCAAAUGUAUUCUUCACAUUACCAUGAUUAAAAGCUUUAUUCUAACAAUGGCAACUGAUGGAAUUGUUUGUUUUUGGUAUUUUAAUGAGAUGCAAGAAGAAGAGAUAGAACAUCGACACAAUUUGAAUGAAUUAAAAAUUAUACACAAGCUACAACAUAAUCAAAAUGGAAUCAAUUGUUUUGAUGUAUUCACAAUCAAUGAUGACCAUUAUAAAAUUGCAACAUCUGGUGACGAUACUGGCCUUUAUGUUACAGAAUUCGAGACUGUUGAUAACUCUUUAAUAAAGUGUUAUAAAACAAUAUAUAGUUAUGGAAUACACAUUGCACAAGUAACAGGCAUCAAAUUCAUAACAUCCGAUAAAUUGUUGACAGUGAGCGUUGACCAAACGUUAUGCAAGGUUGAAAUAAAAUCUGAUAAGUUUACAAUCAUAGACAAAAAGUUCACAUGUAUUUCUGAUGUCAAAGGAUUCUCAUUUUUUAAUGAAAAUUUGAUAUUUGUUCACGGUGCUGGACUUGAAGCUAUAAAGUAUUUUUAACUACGAUUGACUAGCAUAUAAGCUUACAGUUGUGAUAUUUUUAUUGCAUCAUAGCUGUCAAACUUUUCAUAUAAAACUUAUUAAAUCAUGAAUUAUUGAUGUACAGCCAGAUUGUUCGUGUUAAAAGCGAAAACAACAGAAUGUUAAUUUUUCAAUGCCAAUAAACAUUUUUUUAUUUAAUAAUGCAUAAAUUCAUUAAUAGCUUUAAUUUAUCAACAAGUGCAGAUUCUUUGUCAUGUCGUUAAUUUAUUAAUAUUUUAAUUUACAUUCAAAAAGAGAAGAUGAUUAAACACAGGGAUGGCGUGAUGGCUCAGAAAUUAAUUUUGUUUGUUCAUUUGCUUCUUUUUUAUAUCACUUCACUUUUGCUGAUUACAUUCAAAUAUUUUCUGAGCCUCGUUCUGAAUCAGUCGAUAGAUGUACAACAUUGAUUCCAUUUUUGGAUUACAUCCUCCUUGUUGUGGUGGCAAUGUCUGUGGAAUGACGUUCGAUGAAUCUCCGAAAAUUGAUUGAGUGGCUGUUGACGCUCGUUUGCCCCAAGAAGGCGAAAAUGUCAACUAAACAUUUUUUUUAAGAAUAGACAUGAAAAUAAAAGUUAUAAGCGAGAGGGAAAAUAGAGCAACUCACUUGUGAUUGACAUUCAGGAACUUUAACACAUAGGACGAAACAUGCGGCAAGAAGGAGAAUGUUUAAAAACUUCACAAAAUUCAUUUUUAAUUAAUUAAUUUUUUAUUAUCCUUUGAGUAAGUAAAAAACAGUAACUUUUAUCAAGACACAGAAAUUCUUCUUAUUGUCACUUGAUUUAAAUUGAUUAAUAAAAUGUUUAGUCACUUCCUAUCAAUCAAUAGAUCCAAAUUGAACUGAUUGAAUUUCACUUGAUUGCUGUUUAAUUUAUAUGAAAAGUUCCUUCCUUACAUCAUACAUGUCAAGCAUCAUCAAAGGACAGGGUUAAGACGAAGAAAAGGGUGCUAAUAAGGCUUCUUAGUAUAUAAGGAUCAUAUAUGAUGACUUUCUAUUUAGAAAUUGUUCGCGAGAUUUGUAAUUGUGUAUGACUUAAUAAAUUACAGCAUCUACAUAAAACCUCAACAUUAGCAUGUACAUAUGAAUAAAUGAUAUUGCUCAUACAUGAACAUUUGUUUGUUCUAACAGCUAAAACAACAAAUGUAUU